UAUAUUUACCAGUAAAAAAUCGAAUGUUGUCCGCUAGUCGCGCAUAUUGCGCACUGGCCACUGACGACGCCUACAGCUCACGGUUUUCGAUAAGAGUUCUAAAAUUAAACCACCAGGUGCGUUAAUAUCAUUGUCUUUCUAGUUUUCUUAUCAGUUAUCAGUGUCCGUUGAGAAUUGUGUCAUGAUUAUAAAUUUGAACGUUUCAUAUUAUUAUCCUCAUUCCUCAGCUUUGUACGUUCUUAAUGUUCUUAUCCUCAAUUUUUCUUCUAGUAAAUUAUCUUUUUCAAUUUUUAUCAUUAUCGUUCUAUGGCAGGUUCUAACGUCUAUCAGAAUGCGCGUAUCACAUUAAAUUUUACUCACAGCCCACAGGCACUCAGUGAUUUGGAUUUGAAUUCCGAUGUAUUCACUUAUUCUAAAUUUGAUUAAGCGGUAAAGCUUAUGAGAAUGCUUCAAACCGUCUCAAAUGUGUAUUAUAUAAGUCUUAAACUCUCCAUUUCAUAGCCAAUUUUAAAAUAGUAAAAUGGCUCAGGGAUUAAAUACUUCAAAGUUUGUGAAGACUUAUGGGAAACCUAGACGCACUCAACUUUUAGGACAAACUUCAUUGUGGAAUGAUGAUUUAAAUGAUGAUUUUGACAAAUGUUUGGGUAUUGAAGAUGUUCCACAAACAACAUUUAUUUCACCUGAACCAAAUGGUUCAGUUUCUAUGUACAUACCAGCUAAACAUAAGAAAAAAGAUGAAAAUCAAAAGAAUUAUAUUAGUGGAUGGUCAAUGCAAUUACAUUGUACUUUAGAUAGUCAUAAAAAAAAUGUUGGUAUAAAAAAGAGGUACACAGAAUACAAUUUAGACAGUGAUUAUAAUAAACAAAAAAUAUUGUUGAAAAGUACUCAAAAGAAAAAGAAAAAUUUAAAUAUUGUAAAUAAUUCAAAAGGAGUUACACCAAUCUCAAUCAAAAAAUUAAAAACCAAACACAUUUUAUCUCAAGAACAAUGUUCUACACCAUUACAGAAAUCUAUGUUGUUUGCCUAUGGUAACAAAUUCACUAGUAUUUCUUCAAAGAAAAGAAAAAAAACUAAAUCAAAGAAAAAUUUGGCAUAUGGUGUUAAUACAUUUAAUUCUUCAGAACUUCGCUUGCAACCAAAAAAUUUAUCUGUAAAUAGUUCUAACAUUUUAAUGAACAUAAAUGAUGAUUUUAACAACUCACUUGAUCAUUCUGUUCAAAUAUCUAGUUGGAAAUAUCCAUCACUAAACAAAUAUUCACAAAAUAGUGCAUCUAAAAAACAGCUUUUAAACAGUUCUAAUAGAUUAUAUAAAGUUAAAGAAAAAAAAAAAUCUUGUUCAAAAGAGAAAAAAUCAAAUUGGUAUCAUAAAGUAAUAAAUAUUUUUGAUGAUGAAGAAACUGUUACUUUAGAAAAAUCAAGAAAUCAAGAUAUUUUAAUUUCAGAUGAACAAAUAAACAGUAGUAGUGAUUUUGAAUCAAAUUUAACACAACAAACUAAACAAUGUAAGCCAUUAGAACAACAUAAACAAUCAUUACCAUUAUCAGAUUUAAAUAAUGUAUCAUUUCAAUCUUUAAAAGAUUUUAAUAAGAGCUCUUCCGGAAAAGAAAAUGAUAGUAUGUCAUUAGAUUAUUCUAAAUCAUAUAAAAAGAAUAGCAUUACAACUAUUGACAAUAUAAAGGCUGGAACGAUUGAAGAUUCUCAACCAAGUCAACCAUAUGUGUUUAAACCAAAAAAUGAUUUGUAUAAAUCAUAUAAUAUGCUUGAUAAAAGUAAAUUAAUUGAAAACUCUAGGUUAGCAAGUAUUGAUUAUGCAUCUGUAAAUAGUUUAAAUAAUGAACCUUUUGUCAAUAAACCCAACAACAGAGACGAUAAAUUAUUUCAACUAAAACAAAAUGAAACACCAUUUUCGUGCAUAAAUGCAACUCACAUGAUACAGAAUAAGGAAAAAUCUUUGAAUAAUUCAUACAGUUUAAGCCAGGACUAUUCAAUAAUGUCAUCUGCAGAUCACCUUGAUUUAAAAUUGUUAAAUGUAUUAGAUAGAAUUGAUAAUAAUAAGCAAAGUGCAUACCCUCAAAAUAAUCAAAUUUCAUUAAUAUCAUUUAACGAAAAUAUCGGACUUCAAUCUGAUGAUGAUCAAAUUGUGAGUUCACCAGGCUCUGAAUCUCAAAGAUUAAUUAAUAAUACAGGCAAGUUUUCAAAUAUUACAAUUGAUCCAAUUGAGCAGUGUGAUAAAUCUAUUAUAGAGGAAAGUUUAAUUAGAGAAUUUGAUCAUACAUUAAGCAUGUCUCAUGAUCCAUCAAAUCACAACCAUGACAUUAUUUCAAAUAAUUCUUUUUCUAUCUUACAAAGUUCAUCUAGUUUAGAGCAAGAUACUGUUAUUUAUAAACAAAACUGUAAAGAUAUGUCUCAUGAAAGAGAAAAUGCUUAUCAUGAUUCAUUAUUAAAUGACAAAAGUAUUGAGUUGAAAACAUCCAGUGAAUAUUAUUCUAAGGAAGAUAUUUUAAAAUAUAAUGACGAGUCAUAUAGGCAUACAAAUCUUUCCAGUAACGAAUAUAUUGAUUCAGAAAAAACUAUUAUUAAAAAUCAGACAAAUAUUUCAAAUAGUGUAUCAAAUGACUUAUUAGAAAAUAAUGAGUCAAAUUUGUCUGUCAUUGCGCCACGGCGGAGAUAUGCUGCUCGGUUUCAAAAUUUGGAUAUAAUUGAUGAGUCCACUCAAUUAGAAACCAUUUUGCCUGAGCAAAACACAACAGUUUUUCAUCUUGAACCGGGCAAAAAGUGGCGUCGUUCUAUUUCCAUUGUUCGCAGUUUUAUGGAUAGAAAUAUGAACCAAUCUAUAAAUCUCACCAAAGGUCGAAAAUGGGCUUAUACAGUUGAUGACAUAUUACGACAACAAUACAUAAAUACUAGUAUUCAUCAAAAUUUAGAGCAAAGCAAUGUUUUAAAAAAUUCAAUGUGUAAUACCAGCCAAAACUUGCAUAUUACUCCUAUUGAUCUUGAAAAUCAAAAAGCCAGAAAUUACAUUUUUGAAGUGUGUAAUCAACAAGAAUUAAUAUUUUUUGAAUCGUGGUUAGAACCAAAGUGUACAAAUAAAUGGAAAAAAGUUGGAGAAGGUGUAUAUGGCGAGGUGUUUAGUUAUUCAAAUGGAAAUCGAUGUACUAUUGUCAAAAUAAUUCCUAUAGAAGGUGAAGUGAAUAUUAAUGGUGAGCAACAGAAGAAAAUGUCUGAAGUCUACAGUGAAGUUGUAAUAGCAACAGAGUUGAAUAAGUUGUGGAAUAAAAGUAAUCUUAAUCAAACCAGUUCAUUUUGUAAACUCAAGCGUGUUUCUUGUGUUCAAGGAAAAUAUCCAAGUAUGUUGAUUAAUUACUGGCAACAAUAUGAUAAUGAUAAAGGUUCUGAUAAUGAUAAUCCUAACAUUUUACCUAAGGAUCAAAUUUUUAUGAUUUUGGAAAUGGAAAACGGAGGUAAUGAUGUAGAAAAUUUUAUUUUCAACUCGGCAGAUCAAUCAUUAUUUGCAUUUUUACAGAUUGUUUUUGGGUUGGCUGUAGCGGAGGAAGUAUAUAAGUUUGAACACCGUGAUCUACAUAUUGGUAACAUUUUGAUUAAAAAAUGUUCAAACAAGAAUAUAUCUUUUAAAUUGGAGGGUGAAUAUUUUAAUGUACCAUCACGGGGAAUUAAGAUAACAAUAAUUGAUUUUACCUUAAGUAGAAUGACAUACAAUUCCAAACAUGUAUAUAAUGAUCUUGCUAAAGAUACAGAAUUAUUUACUUCAGUUGGUGACUAUCAAUUCGAUAUUUAUCGUAUGAUGAGAAAAGAAACUAAUGAUCAAUGGGAAUCAUUCAAACCAGCUACGAAUAUAUAUUGGUUGCAUUAUGUGUUAGAUAAAAUGCUAAUGUCAGUGCAUUAUAAAAAAACUAAUUCAAUUCUACAUAAUAAUGGCCUUUCAAACUUGGAAAUGUUGAAAAAUAUAAUAUUAUCAUUUAAUAGUGCCAAAAAUUUUGCUGAAAGUGAUGUAAUAUUGAAUUUAAUAGGGUACAAAAAGCAAUGAAUAUUUGUUUCAUUUGCAACAUGACAUGAUUUGUUGAAUCAAUGAAGUACAAAUACUUCUAUCUUCUUCAUAUUUAAUUAAUAUUUUUGGCAUUUCAAGUGCCACAAAAUUUAUCCUAAUACAACAGCAAUCCAAACAAGAUGAUAGCAGUAAUGGAAAUUGCUACAUUUUUCAAAUGAAAUAAGGUUCAGACCAGAUAUUUUGGAAAACAGUCAACUGUAGUAUGGAAAUAAUUUCUAAGUUCUUGUUAAUGUUUAUUAAUAUGUAUAUACUAUUCGAGGGAUAAAGCUGAUAAAAUUUAUACAAUCACACAGUAUCAUCUUCAAAUUAACUCAUGAUUGUCUAAUUUUCGUUGUGAAACAAUGUACAUGAUGAAUAUAUUAUGUAUGUAUAUGUAUACCAUGUAUAUUUAUAUAUUUAAUGUUAUCAGCAUAGUAAAAUAUAAGAAUUUUACAUUGAUGUCAUAGUAUACCAUUAUCAUUAUUAUUCAAAUUAUUUAUUUAUUGUUUUAUUCAUGA